AUGGGACUCGGAGAUUUCGUUAAGGACAAGGUCAACCAGGCCGCUGACAACUUCGGCAACAACAACAACCGAAACAACAACGACUCGUACGGAUCUUCCAACAACGACUCGUAUGGAUCUUCUAACAACGACUCGUACGGAUCUUCUGGCCGAAACAACAACGACGACUCGUACGGCUCGUCUAACAAGAAAUCCGACUCCUACGGCUCCUCCAACAAUGACUCGUACGGCUCCUCCAACGACGACUCGUAUGGAUCUUCCAACAAGAAAUCCGACUCCUACGGCUCCUCCAACAACGACUCGUACGGAUCUUCCAACAAGAAGUCCGACUCGUACGGAUCCUCUAACAACGACUCUUACGGAUCUUCCAACUCGGACUCCUUCGGCUCUUCCGGACGAAACAACAACUCGGACUCGUACGGCUCCUCCAACUCGGACUCCUUCGGCUCUUCCGGACGAAACAACAACUCUGACUCGUACGGCUCUUCCAACUCGGACUCCUUCGGCUCUUCCGGACGAAACAACAACUCUGACUCUUACGGCUCUUCUGGACGAGAUAACUCGGACUCGUACGGCUCUUCCAACUCGGACUCCUUCGGCUCCUCUGGCCGAAAGAACAACUCUGACUCCUUUGGAUCCUCCAACUCUGACUCCUUUGGAUCUUCCGGUCGAAACAACGACUCGUACGGAUCCUCCAACUCUGACUCGUACGGCUCUUCCGGUCGAAACAACGACUCUUACGGCUCUUCUGGCCGAAACAACGACUCUUACAACAACGAUGACUACUAA